AUGAUGGAAAAAUAUAUUAUGUUUCCCUUAUUUAUUAAUUUUUCUGCUUUUAUUGUUUUAAUUUGGAUAUGUAAUUUCAGCAAUGACACUCAUAACAAAUCAAUAGGUGAAAAUCCGAAUAUAUAUGGAAAAUUAGAUUUAAGAACAUAUAGAUUACUUGCAAAUUGUAACAAGCAUAAAGAUUCAAGUGUUACAGGACUAAAAGAAUGUAUAUCAUAUAAUGCAGGGAACGAAAAUAAAAAUAUGUAUAGUGAUGAAAAAUGGAUCAAUACAAAAAACGAAUAUUCAAAUGCAAGUUCAACAAAGAAUAAGAUAUAUCACAAACAAACUAUGAAAAAUAAAUCUAAUAUAUUUGAAACAAAAAAAUAUUCUUAUCUUGAAAAAAAAAUAUUCAAGGAAAUAGAUUAUUUCAAUUUUCUUAAAAUGAACAGAACAAUUAAUAAUAAAGUCUACGAAAAAGCAGUACUUAAAAAAUGCAGAUUAAGAAUUUUUAUACCUGUAAUAUUGUUAAUGUUGUUAUCAAUAUUCCUCCUAUUAGACAUUUUUUGCGGUAACGGACUUUUGGGAGGAAUGUAUUGGUUACUGCAUCAGUUUUCACCUGGAUGGUCUAAAACAUUAAAUAAUAUAUUGAAAGAAUCCCCCUUAAAAUCGUUAUUAGAGUAUACGUAUGAAAUGCUGAAAGAUAAUGGAAAAAAAGUAAGUGUUACUUCUUAUUCUGGACCUUUUCUGAUGAACCUCUUAUAUUUUGUACCCCUAAUUUUAUUAUGUAUAAUAUGUAUAUUAACAAUUGUUUAUUACCAUAAAAAAGUUAAGAAAUAUGAAAAAAUUAAGUUUAGAAAAAGGUAA